CGGCGAACUCACCCCCUUGCGCCCAGCCCAGCAGCAGGAAGGACCUCCGCCGGAUUUCAGUGUCUCCUCCAGUGCCUCCUUCAGCCGAAGUCAAACUGAAGCGCCGCCGUGCAACCAUGUGGAAAUACACCAUGCCGUGGGUGGUGGCAUGGGCGGCUUGGCAAGUGGGCGCCUCCCCGUCGGAUGGGCGUUCCUCGGACCCGCACAUUCAACAGGGCGUUCAUCACGAGAUCCACUCCUUCCCGAGCGAGGUGGCGCUUGGUAAUCCAGACACAAUGGAGACCGACAUCCCGGGGGCGCCGCUCAGCCCGGCGGACUUCGAGAACAGCGCCGUCAUGAUCCCUGAGGCAGUGGACACGAGCCACCAGGCGGACCCCAUCGAGCUGGCCGGCCUCUUCCAGGGGGACAUAAUGCUUGUCCCGCGCGACCAGCUCAAGGAACUCAACAUGGUGAGUCCAGAUAACAAGGAACGGUGGGCGCAUGAAAGUUCGUGGGGAGUGGGAAACACAAUCAUUAGUGUAUUCCUAAGCGGAUAG